AAUGGUACUGCUCUGUCAUGCUCACAUGUGUUCAGUAGACUCACGGCGUUCAUCGACCAUGAAGGUGUCAUUCGUGUAGGCGGACGAAUCACCAACGCUCUCUUAGACCCAGAUAGCAAGCAUCCUGCAAUAAUUCCUCGAGCUUCUCAAAUUAUUCUCUAAUUAUAGAUUCUGCUCACAAACGAACUCUCCAUGGAGGUACACAACUCACACUGUCCACCAUCCGACAACAAUAUUGGAUCAUUGGAGGAAGAGCCCCAGUGAAAUCCCACAUCCUGAAGUGUGUUACAUGUGCACGGCAUCGAGGUAUAAGAGCUCAACAACUCAUGGGCCAGUUACCAGAACCACGCGUUAGACCAUCUCGUCCCUUUCUCCACACUGGUGUAGACUACGCCGGACCUCUCACUAUCAAAGCCUGGAAAGGAAGAGGAGCAAAGACACACAAAGGCUGGGUUUGUGUGUUUGUCUGCUUCGCCACCUCAGCAGUACACCUCGAAGCCGUAAGUGAUUACACCACUGAAUCAUUUAUUGCUGCGUUCCGUAGAUUCACCGCUCGACGAGGCAUCUGUGAAACACUAUACUCUGACUGCGGAACCAACUUCAUGGGAGCCGAUGCCACUCUCAAGACCAUGUUCUCAAAAGCCUCCUCACAAAACCAGGUCAUCGCCGAACUCCUCUUGAAAGAAGUGGUGCUUCAACCCGCCGGCAGCUCCUCACAUGGGAGGAAAAUGGGAAGCAGCAGUGAAGUCUUUCAAAUACCACCUCGCCCGGGCUACCAAGGAUCAGCCAUUCACCAUGGAAGAGCUGAUCACACUCCUCACCCAGAUCGAAGCCAUCCUCAAUUCAAGACCUCUCGAACCACUCAGCGAUGAUCCUGAAGACUGCUCCGCUCUCACACCAGGCCACUUCUUAAUAGGUACAGCUCUGAACACCGUACCUGAGCCAUCUCUCGAAGACCUCUCGACUUCUCGACUGUCAAGAUGGCAGUUAAUUCAGCAACGCACCCAGCAGUUCUGGUCCAAAUGGUCAACUCAAUUUCUACAACGUCAACUCUCCAUCUCAAAGUGGCACCAUCCAGCCCAUGACAUAAAGGUUGGUUCACUAGUACUCCUCACCGAUGAAAGAUUACCUCCUUGCAAGUGGCCAUUAGGGCGAGUAAUGGCUGUGCACCCAGGGACAAACGGCCUUGUUCGUGUCGUCACUCUCAAGACCUCCACGUCCACUCUAACCAGACCGAUCUCGAAGUUGGCAAUUCUGCCAGUGUCCACUCCAGACGAAGCAAGAAAGAAUUUCAACCCCUCAAGUCUUCUCGAUAACUAACGCUGUUAGUUAUGGCGGGCGGAAUGUUAAAAAUUCAGCCCCUUCUCAACGACGCCACUGGCAGUUCUCAAGGAUGUUCCACUAGACAGCAUCGACGGCGCAGCCCCCUCUACAAGAUGUCAAAUGUCGAGUUUCCGCUGAAGCCAUUUUUAAUUCAUUCUCUUUGUUAGCUCUGUAGUAGUAACGUCUCUUAGCUUUCAUAGUGCUUUUCUAACACCUCAUUUUUCACGCUCACCUCUUCUAGUUAUUAAUUUUCAAGUCAUCUCGCAUCAAUCCUGGUGCUAAAUUGUUCAUCUCUUGUGGUAAAGUACUCUCAGAAUGCUCAACAUCAUACAUUACACCAUUUUCAUGAUAAUUUCAUU